UACUUAAUUUAUUCAACGAAGUGGGAAACUUGGAAGAAUUAAUAGUGGACUACCCUCUAAUCCUCUAUCCUGUAAAGAGGUCCACCUGGUUAUGCUCAUAAUAAUUAUCAAAAAAAAAUAAAUCAUUAGAUAUCCAAAUCACUUUCAAACAGCGAUCCAUUAAUUUUCAUUUUGCCUUUCUUCUUCCUCCUCUUCUCCCUUUAAAUAUCCCCAAAACCCUCUCUCUCCUCUCUCAUCACUCUUGAUUCUUCCAUUGUUCUCCAACUAACUGCUGUUAGAGAGAGAAACUAACAGAGGAGAGAGAAACUCAAAGAUUCGAUCGUCUUCUUCGCUCGGCCAUGGGUUGCAUUUCUUCGCGCGACAAAACUACUGAUAGCGCUAAGAAGAUCAGAAAGCCAAAGCCAUGGAAGCAUACUGAAGCAAUUACUAGGGAACAACUGAAUAGGAUGCGUGAGGAAUUCUGGGACACAGCACCUCACUAUGGUGGCAGACAAGAAAUCUGGGAUGCACUCCGUGCUGCUGUGGAAGCUGAACUGAGCAUGGCACAGGCAAUUGUUGACAGUGCUGGAGUAAUUGUGCAAAAUCCUGACCUGACUGUUUGCUAUGAUGAGAGAGGUGCAAAGUAUGAACUGCCGAAAUAUGUUGUGAGCGAACCAACCAACUUGGUCCGUGACAAUAAUUCUUGAGAACUGGAAGUUAAAUCAAAACUGACAAGGUUGUAAAUCAUGUAAAUCAAUACUAUAGCGGUUCUUUUCAUGUAGUCUAGCAGGAAUAUCUCUACAAUUUUUUUCUGCCAUAUAUCCUAUCGGAAAUAGGCUCAUUGGCUCAACUCAGCUACUGAGGGUUGGUUAUAGAUUCUUCUGGAGAAACAUAUGGUGUACUGUUCUACUUUUGUUGAUUUGCUGCUAAUUACGUGCCAGAGUUUACAGAUCAUAGGCUAUCCAAGCAACUGAACAAAUAUGCUAAUUGCUCUUAGUCUAGUGGCAAUUCUCACAGAUAUAGUAUAUCGCAUGUGCUCAGCAAAUAUUUCAUUAGUGGUUCAUAAUGUUAGCAGUAACUGAGUUGCAAUGCAGUACAUGUUUAUCAUCUUCGAGG